ACAGACACCUAUCUCCCCCUCCCCAUAAACUUAGAAAAAAGUCACGAAACCGGCUAAACCAGCCAAUGGCUGGGCAGAGGAACUGGAAGGGUAGGGGGAUAUUAAUAGAGAGAGGGAGAAAGGGCAGCAGUAGCAGCCUCUGAAUUUCCUGGCCAAGGAAAAGCACCCAGCAGCAUUUCCCCCCACUAAGGCAUGGUGCAGGAUCCCACCGCUCAGAGGUCUGAGUAGGUACGCACACCCUCCCUUUGCCAGUUUCGUUGUCCAAGGAAAAGAAGAGGAAGAGCCAAGGAAGACGCCACCAGGCGGUACUGGAUCAGCUAUCCUAGAACGCAGCAAAGUGAUCUAAAUCGAUCUAAAUAGAUUGCAGACAUGGAUCCUUGGCGCCAAUGCUGGAUGGAGCCUCCCUUGCAAAUGGUCCCGACUGGAGCAGAGGUGGAACAGUUGGAUUUCAUGGAAGAUUACAAGAAGGUUUUCCAAGAGGAAGACUUCAGAGCUGUAGAUUCCUGGUUUUUGCCAGAAAAUGAGGUGAAUCAGCCGCCGCCAAGUUGGACCGGUGGGAGUUACCUAGCUGAGCUUGAAGGGUUUGAGAAGGAAAUGGCGUUCCAUCACACGCCGGGCUUGAAAGGCUUCCCUGAGUACACAAAUACGGUAAUGGAAUUGACACAGGUCUCCUCUACCUGCCUGGAUUACAGUGCACUGUAUGAAAGAGAUUCUAGGCUUGCCUAUCAGGACAGCAGCUCCACGAGUCUGCAGGUCUCCCCGUAUGUUAGCGCUGCGCCUCAGGCCUUGUCUUCUCCUCUGUGCCGCUGCUCCCCUGAAGAGCAACGGCCCUCAUCUCAGCCUCUGCUCGGAGGUCAGCUGGAACAGCAAGAACCAGAACAAGAUUUAUUGGGUGUUGUGACAUCCCGUGAUUGGAGAAAGACAUCUGGCCCAGCUGUCUUCAGCCAACCGAUCCCCUUGGAAAGCGAUUCAUGUCGGUGUGGCCCUCCGGUCAGAACCCAGAUGAAAAAGGAGUCAAGGGACUGGGCAGAAGCCAAUGUCACCCACUUGUCCCAUAGGGAACGGACAGGUUCCGGUCCCAUCCAGCUGUGGCGUUUCCUAUUGGAGCUGCUCCAAGAUGGCUCCUGCCAGGCCUUCAUCCGUUGGACGGGGAACGACUGGGAGUUCAAACUCUGCGACCCCCAUGAGGUGGCGAGGCGCUGGGGCAAGAGGAAGAACAAACCCCGCAUGACCUAUGAGAAACUCAGCCGCGGCUUGCGCUACUACUAUCACAAGAACAUCAUUCACAAGACCAGCGGACAGCGCUACGUGUACCGUUUCGUCUGCGACAUCCAGGGCCCGAUGGGUGAACUAGCUGAGAAAUUGCACAGCUAGAAAGGCCUAAUAUUGUCAUCGUCAAGCCCCUGGGCCUACCCUCCACCAACACCAGGAAGGAAACAAGGAGCAAGGUACUAGUGGGGACAUCACCAGCUCCUUUAAGACUUUGCUUAAGACUAAGUGGACAGCAAGGCUGGCACAAGGUUGGUGCUUCUGCAAAUAGGACAUUUUCUGCUGCUGCUGUUUGCAGGCUGGCCAGUCUGUUUGCCAAAAGUAUGUCCAUUGAAGCAGGUUUCACUAUUUGACAAAGUAAUAGUUUACGCUUUUUGCUCCCCACUCAUGGAGCAGGGAAACAAAGCAAAGACGAAGAUUUGGUCAGAAGUGGAAAAUACCUGGGCAUUUAGUUGGAACAAAAUAAAGCAGGGUGGGAGGAGUAUGUAAUUCCUUGGGGGUCUCUCUCCUCCACUCCUCCAUCAUCCCCCCAAAACCAUGCACUGUCUCAUUUGCUGAAUCUUUUACCAAUACAGUAUUCAUAAUAUGCAGAGAAUUUUUUUUUGCCUCCCUCCCUUGGGUCAGUGGCUAGAUUGUAAGCCACUUGGGGCAGAGGAACUGUCCUUCCAGAAUUUGUAAAGCACCAUGUACCGUAGUAGUAUGAAAAUAAAACAAACAAACAAA